AUGAUAGAUAUAUAAAAUGUAGUGCAUUCUAAAUAUGGAUACAACUAAUUUGAAAUGUUUUUGAUGGUAUUAAUAACAGGAAUAACUAACUUUGUUGUCAUUCCAGCAAUAAUAAUUAUCAAAAAACAAAGAAUGGAUUUCUAAUUUUAUAUCUCCAUCUUUACAUUGAUAACAAGUUUCAUGUAUCACACAUUAGAAAGUGUAGAUUGUCAAUAUUUCAUUAUUGAAGAAAGUGGUUGGCAUCGAUUAGAUAAUAUUGGAUCAAUAGCAUGUUUUUAGAUGCUAUUUACAUAAUUAAGUGAUUUGUAAAAUUUGCAUCUUGAGACAAUGUUAAAUUAUUUUGGACUUUUUGUAACAUUCAUAGCUUAGGCAAGAUCUCCUUGGGAUUUAAAUUAUACUGUUGGUCCAAUAAUAAUUUAAGCAUGCAUUUGCCUUUAUAUAAUCAUAAAAAGAAGAAGAUUACCUAAAUUGAAUAAAUAAAAAGUAUUAAUCUUUAAAUAUUUAAGAUGAAAAAAGGUCUAAUUAUAUUAUUGGCUGCAGUUGUGUUUUUUAGUUUAUCUCAAGAUGAAUAUAAAGAUUAUCUUAGAUUUUAUCACGGAAUGUGGCAUACUACAGUAGGAUUAUUUUCAUUCUAUAUUUGGUAAUCAAAAUGUGAAGUUGAAUUCACUUGGUAAAAUUUUUAUACAAUUCCAACAUUAAAAGAAUCAUAUUACAAAGAGGAAUGAUUAAU